AUGCAAUGCAAUUUGCGCGUCGCUCAAGCCGAGGUCAAGGGGUUUCGUGGUAUUGUUGCCAUCCACUUGUCGCAUGUUGUGGCACUGGCUUUUACGAUCGGUUUCUCCUUCGUUCUGCUUUUUCUCAUAGAUUGGGAGGCAUUGCUGGCAUGCGACUCUGAGGAGUCAUGCAGGGCAAUAUCCAUCUACUAUGCCAAGCCUUUCCGAGACCUCGGAUUUCGACGCGCAGGAGUCUUGGUAUGCACAGUGCUCUUUGUCGUCUAUGGCGCAAUGAAUGUUGCCACGGUUUACCAAGAUAUUCGUGACGCACAAUCCAUCAGUGCCUACUACAAGGAUCGGCUGGGCAUUGCAUCUGAUGAAAGUCUGGAGACUAUGCUAUGGUCGGAAGUGGUGUCUCGCUUGGUACAGCAGCAGAAGGAGAGCCGAUUCUGCAUUGUCCAAGACGAGCUCACAGUUGUGGAAAUUGCCAAUAUCAUCAUGCGCGAGGACAACUUCAUGAUCGGGCUGUCCAACCACAAUGCGUUCACAGCAGCGUUGCCAUGCUGGAUACCACGUCGCCUUGUCUUCACCAAAGCCGUGUUGUGGAAUCUUCGGCUUGUGAUUUUCCGGUGGCAAGGAGUGCUCGACGAGCGUGGUCGUGUUAGACGUGACUUCUUGAACAGACCUGAGGCACUGGCGCGGAAUCUACGCUUGCUGGGCAUGGCCAACUUUGUGCUCGUCCCACCAGUUCUGAUUUUCGUUGCCUUGUAUUUCUUCAUGAGACAUGCAGAGGAGUUUCGGUCGCAGAGGGCAUCGCCAUUUCAAAGGCAAUGGACAGAUUAUGCCCACUGGACCUUCAGGGAGUACAACGAGCUCCCACAUGAGUUCAAUGCACGAAUGUGUGCUGCACAAGCUGCAGCCGAGGCGUAUGUCCAAUGCACGACGCCUUCUUCUCCAGUUCUCAAAUCGGUGCAGCGCUGCGUGAAGUUCAUUGCAGGUUCGGUGUUGGCUGCUCUUCUGCUGGUGGCUUUAUGGGAUGACAGCCCGCUUCUGUUCGUCAAGGUUCAGGACAAGAAUCUGCUCUGGUAUUUGGCUCUUUUCGGUUUCAUUUUCGCCGUCGCAGAUGGUGCUAGUGACGAAGGCUCAGGCCCCACAAGAGGUUCUGGCACGUCAGUGCAUGCGCCAAGUUUGCCGCUACGGAUGUACAUUGCGCUGAUGAGGUUAGUGUCAUGCACACACUAUCUUCCUAAACACUGGCGCUCUCCAGUGCAGCUAACGUCACUUGCAGGAGCCUGCAGCGGAUUGCAGCGUGCAGGGCUGUGUGACCAUUUCCGUCACGUACGACAGGAGCUGCUUCGCGACUUCUUAAUUCAGCGCAUUCAAGCCCUGGUGGAGGAACUUUUGGGUGUCAUACUGAGCCCCAUACUGCUUAUCUUCUUCUUUCCAGAUUCUGCACGCAGCAUACUGGACAUCCUGGGAUCACUACAGCAUUCAUCGCCAAAUUUGGGUGACUGGUGCAGAUACGGGUGCUUGGAUGUGACAAUACUUGCAGAAAACUCUGGCGGUGCAGCUUCCUCAGCAGAGGGAUGCCGUUCGGUGCAGCUUCGUCACAUGGACAACAACGAGAAGCUUGAGAAGUCUGUCCUAUCCUUCUGCCUAAACCAUCAGCUGAUUUGGCCAAGUGCGAGUGUGUCUGGUAACACUGCAUCUUGGGUACCGAAGAGUCGCGAGCGUUGUAUCCCUGGGAGUCGAAAUGCUGGUGGCCGUGCGAUGACAUCUUUCGCUGCACAUUCCAGGACCCUCGGGCCGAGGGAGAUUCAACUUGAAGAGCUGAACGCACAGGCCACGCAGCUGCCUGAGGAGGACGUACACGGCACUCCUUCCGAGUCCUUGAUGGACGUAGAUGUGAGUCAGGCACCUGUAGACCCCCAGACUGAAAGCUCGACUUCACCUGCAGCACUCGAAGAGGUUUUGACGCAUAUCAUUGGCGUCCCACUGGCGUCUAUCAACUUGUUGCAUGACGUGCAGGAUUUUCAUGAAAAGGAGACCUCAGAGCACCCUCCGAGUGGGGACAGUGUCACGUUGCUGCCCCCAGACUUAGUCAGCCUUCCUCCACUUGCUCCUGGUGUGCCACCAUCCCUUGUUACGUCCACGGGCCGCACUGGUGAUGAGCCAGAGUGGUCAAACACCUCUGGUCCAUGGUUUUAUUGGCUGGAGGCCUUGCGGAGUUUCAGGUCAAGGCAAUGCGAUGAGUCGAGUUCCGCUUGCGGAAUGUUUGACCGGCAGCCAGGGCCACGAACCAGAAGGCCUUCACAAGCUGAUGGCGACGUGCCAUGA